UGAUGAAAGUUCUUGUUCAGAAUCUUUACCAAGAACUGCUAACUAUUUAUUUUAUUCUGAUUUAUUUGUAUUAAAGAAAAAGGACGUUUUCUUAGAAGUUUUAGGAUAUUGUCCCAAAGAUAUUACAUUAUACCAUGAAACAAAAGUUAUACCGCCUGAUUUAUAUGUUGCCACAAUAUGA